AUGCCCAUCCCCCCUUUUGAACAUAUGGCCUUUUAGAAUACUUCCAACAUCUAGAGACUUCACAGUGAUUUAGCAAACCAAAAUGAAUGUCCAGUUAAAGGACGGAGCCCAAAGUCCUUGAUUUACCUUAAUGCCAUAAGUACCUUUGGAGUCUGCGUGAACCACCUGGAAGCCGCUCUGCCUCUGGUACAUGCAUGGGGAUGUUGGCCGUGUUUCAGCUUCACGCUUACCGAUUAAAGUUCUGUAAGAUGUAACUAAGAACACUUACUCAAGUACUUGUCCUUAACUGCCGGGUCAUGAAUCAGGAAACAAUUCAAAUAAUAAAUAUAAAGUAGUAAGAGUUUUUUGCAAAUACUUUUGCUUUCUAUAAAGUACUGCUAGCUGCUAAUUCUCUAGUUUGCAUAUUGAUAUAUUGCUACUUUUAGUUAAUUAAGAGAUCUGACAACUUCUUCCUCCACUACAAAUCGGUUAACCCAAUGGGUGGAAUGAUUAACUCUACUUUUAAUACCGAAAAAAGUUCAACAUUAUACAAAUGUUUUGCAGAUUUAGAAUCAUCUGCCAAAUACCAAUCAAUCUUUUGGUCUAAAACCCCUUUUUUUUUAAAAGAGCAAUGGUGAUGUAAACAAAUACCUCUUUUUAUCUAAAAGACAGAUAUUUAACUCAAAUAUAGUGUGGCAAGAAAAAGCAGAACAUUCUCACAUUUGGAACUUGGAACAGUCAAAUAUUUGUUUUCCCUUGAAAAUGUAUUUUGAAUUAUUAUUAUAUAUUAUUUAAAUUACCGCUCAUUUAGUGAUGCCUUCACUUUCCUUCCUGUAAUAAGCAACAAAGCGUGCGUACAUACACUCAAACAGCCCUCUCAGUGCCUUAUUUAUCUCUCAACAGGCUACGAUCCGCCAUAAGUUGUUAGGACCAGAAUCUGCCACCUCAUUGUCUCACGCUGGCAGCCCAAAUACAGCUCACAGACACUCUGCAUCUGCUAAAAAUAGAUAAGCCCAAAGCCUCUUAAGUUCAAACCACGUAAGUUGCUCUCCCUUAGUGCCGCCGCAGAAUAAGCACGUAAAGACACUUAGCUAACAGGACAUCCCAGAAGGACAGUGGUCCUCUCACUGCUGCGAGAGGCGCAGGUGGGAGGAUGUUCAGGAUGCAGGUGCUGCUCAGCUGGGCCUGGACCCUGCAGACGGACCAGCUGUGGUGUUGGAGACGGUCGGGCCCGGCUGCCCGCGACGCAGGAGGCCUCUAACAUGGGGGAGCUGCUGGGACUGAACAGCCUGGUGGCCAACACGGCCUACCUGACGGCUCAGCACACCGACCGGGACGAGCUGAGGAAACUCAGGCCCCCGCUGACGCUGCCCAAACCAAAGAUGUCCUCCGCUCUCCGGACGGCGGUGGGGAGGAAGUACGAGUCGCUGUGUGAGCGACAGCCCAUCGGGAGGAAGCUGUUCCAGCAGUUCCUCCGGGCCUGUAACCCGCAGUACAGGGUCGCCGCCGAGUUCCUGGAGGAGCUGAGCGACUGGUGCUUCGCUGAAGAUGACGCCAGAGAGGCGGCCAAGCAAAGGAUCCUCGCCAAGUUCUGUCAACCUGAGUCCGGCAGCUUUCUCUCGUAUCUCACGGGAGAGGCGGCUGAAAGAUGCAAGAGAUUGUCAGACAAAGACUUUGAAAUGACAUCCGACCAGAUGAGAGAAGACACUACAGACUUCCUGAGGGGGAAGCCUUUCUCCGAGUAUCUGAAUAGCCCCUUUUUUUAUAGGUUCUUGCAGUGGAAGGAGUACGAGAAGCAGAAGAUCAGCGACAGAUACUUUCAUGAGUUCAGGACGUUGGGUAGAGGUGGCUUUGGCGCGGUGUGUGCGGUGCAGGUGAAACAGACGGGCCAGAUGUACGCCUGCAAGAAGCUGAACAAGAGGUGCUUGAAGAAGGAAUCUGGCGAGGAGAUGGCCCUCGUGGAGAAGCAGAUCCUGGAGAAGGUCAACAGUCUAUUCGUUGUGAACCUUGCUUACGCUUACGACAACAAGACUCACCUGUGCAUGGUCAUGGACCUCAUGAACGGCGGCGACCUCGGGUUCCACAUCUACAAGCUCGGGGAGCGGGGCAUCCGAAUGGAGCGCGUUGUCUACUACGUGGCCCAGAUAACCACCGGGCUUCUCCACCUGCACUCCAUGGACAUCGUGUACCGCGAUAUGAAGCCCGACAACGUGCUGCUGGAUGCCAGGGGACAGUGUCGGCUCUCGGACCUUGGACUGGCCGUGGAGCUGCCGAAAGGCAAAAAGGUGUGCCAGAAGGCUGGUACGACUGGCUACAUGGCGCCUGAGAUUCUGAGGCAGGAGUACUACCGCACGUCCGUGGACUGGUGGGCCGUGGGCUGCAGCAUCUACGAGAUGGUGGCCGCCCGCCUGCCCUUCAAGGACUUCAGAGAGAAGGUGCAGAACGAGGAGGUGACUCGUCGCACUCUGGAGGACGAGUGCAAGUUUGAACACAAACACUUUGACGCUCCCACCCAGGACCUCGUCCGCCGCUUCCUCAAGAAGAAGCAGGCGCAUCGCCUCGGGUGCCGUAACGGCGAUGACCCACGAAACCACGCGUUUUUCAAGAGCAUCAAUUUCCGUCGCCUGGAGGCCGGCCUGCUGGAGCCCCCCUGGACGCCAAAACCUCACGUGGUGUACGCCAACGACACGGACACGUUCGGGGACGUCUCCGAGGUGGAGGAUGUUAAGUUUGAGGCCAAAGAUGAGAAAUUCUACAAGCAGUUCAGCACGGGGGCGGUCCCCAUCCGCUGGCAGAAGGAGAUGAUCGACACUGGGGUGUUCGACGAGCUGGACCAACCCAGACUGAACGGCCACAGCCGCGAGGCGGCGUGGGAGUCCAGGACGUGCGCUGUGUUGUAGCACUUUGCCCGCUCAACGCGUGCCACCUGCACAGCCGGGCUAAAACGAAAGCACACAAAUGAUCCGAGAUUUGUUUUUUGUUUUUAAUGCUACCAAAGUGCCUGGUGUCAUGACAAAAGGGGCUCAGCUCAGGAACUUUUGCUCACGCAUUCACUUGCCUUUUACCCUAAUGCAUUUUCUCCUGCCUCGGCGUCGUGCCCAGAUGGAAACACACACUGACAUCGCAACUGCUGCUAAAUAGUUUGCCCUCAAUUUCUGGUGAGGAAGCAUGCGUAGUUUCCAUUACAUCACCCAGGAAAUUUGGCAGGCAAGGGCUCACAUGUGUUGGUGAACAAGCUGCAUAAUGGCCGCGUGUCAAUUAGCAGCAGCAUGAUUAUUACCAGUGUUUUUAAAAGAUGUGCCUCAUUGGUUGGACGGACAUAAAUCCUUUGACCCGCGGGAGUGGACAGCGAAAUGCGACCGGGGCGAGGUCGCUCAGUACCAAGAAGACCAAAGAGCUAAUUGUGGACUUCAGGAAGAAAACUGGCACACACAUCCCCAUCCAUAUCAACGGGAUGGAGG